ACAACAAAUAUUUGGCGCUUUUUAAGGGACAAACGGAAAAAUAUCGUCACGUACGCGUAGUUUUUACCGGCCGAGAGGCAGCCGGCAAAACUACAGUAUGUCUUCGUCUUAAGAAUGAAGAUAUCGACCUCCGCUCGAGAAAUCCGACCGAGGGAGCUGUUGUCUAUCCCGCGUGGUUAUCAAUCAAUCAGGAAUUUAAACAAUGGCAACUCACGGAUCGUCGUUCGCUUGAUAAAGUGAUAGAAUCACGCAUGGGAGCAGUGAUGAAGAAAACAGAAACGUCAGGAAAAGAAGCUGGUGUACCAACAGAGUCAGAAACCAGCGAAAUGGAGUCCUUAAGUUUAUCAACAAGACCUUCCCGGAGAGAAUUAUUGGAGGCAAUGGCUGUCACACAGGCUUCACGUCAUAGUGGUGCCGAAUACACGUUCCUGUCCCUGUGGGAUAUGGGCGGACAUAUGUCAUUUCAGGCUUCACACAACAUAUUCAUUUCGUCCCACGGCGUGUACCUGCUAAUCUUCAGACUCACAGAUUUUCUCAAAGACAAGCUAGAAACUGAUCGACUAAAGAAAUGGAUCCGAUUGAUUGGCACAUUUUUAACAGGUGAAUUAAGUUCCCCGAACGUCAGUACACAAAAAAUACAAGCACCUCCGCUUAUUUUCGUUGGGACAUUUCUUGAUGAGUUAAAGAAAACAUCCAAGGACUAUAACAAACAGAUAAUGGAAAUUAGGGAAAGCAUCACAAAAUUCCCAGAACUUGCACCUUUCCAUUUUGUGAGAUUCUGUACCGUCGAUAACAGCCUCGGCAAUGACGAUAGAGAUCUAGAAAUAUUGCGAGGAUUUAUCACAGAAGCAGCGGAGCACCAGGAUCAGUGGGAAAGAGAACUUCCCACUACAUGGUUAAAGUUUGAAUUGGAUUUAUUUCAAGCUAGAGAAAAGGGAACAAGAAUCCUGCCACUGUCAGAGGUGAUUGAAAUGAACAAAAGAUCUUUGGCUCCCUUGAUGGAUGAGGAUGAGAUAAAACUUGUCCUGGAGUUCCUCCAUUGUACAAGGUCUGUGAUAUAUUUCCGGGAAUACGAUUAUGUCAUCAUUGAUCCUCAAUGGCUUGCUGAUUUCUUCAGCAUCCUGAUUACUGAUGACGAGUUUCUCCCAAAGGACGACCUCCGGUUGAACCGAGAUUUGGAGUUGUACAAAACAAAAGGCGAGUUGAAUCAGAAUUUGAUUGAAUGUCUUCUCAGUAUGAAAAAGAACGAAGAUUUUGCUCCCUUCAGAUCCGUCCUCUUGGCUUUGAUGGAAAAAUUUGGACUGAUAGUGAAAGUACUGCUGUCGAAAACCGCUGCAAAAGUUGUAUACUUGAGCGAGACGUAUACCGUUCCCAGCAAACUUUUGGAGCUGCAAAACAUUGACGGGCUUACCGACAAAGUCAAUUUGCUCAUAUGCAGAAAUCUGGCUGUCUCAAAAACAUUGUGCUUGGUAUUUGAGGACGUUUUCGUACCAUAUGAACUGUUCCAAAGAAUACUUGCCCGGGUUCUGAAUACAUAUAAAACAUCACCAUUGUCAGGACGAAGCUUUGAGAAAGAUAGCAAGUCUGCGACAGACUGUCUUUAUAUGGGUUUUGGAUGUUUCGAGGUCGACGAUCUUAGCAAAAUGAUCUUGUCCAUGCAUGCAGAGAGGUCCACAAUAGCGGUGACAGUUUUCAGUCCCAUAGAAUCCCAGCUCCCUGCAGAUUCUGGAAAAUGUGUCAAGCUAACCAUUGAACGCAUUCUCGAGGAAGUGUUGCAAAUGUCUAACCAACAACAUUUUCAUUACUCACACCAACUGCACUGCAAAUUCCACUUGAGUCCAUAUGACACCCCAGUACAGCUGCUGAGCAUCAUCAAAUCAGAAAAGGGUGUGCCCUGUAAAGGCGGAGAAUGUUACGGGCAACAUCGAUUGUCAAGAGCGGACAUUGAAUACUGGGACCUCCUAGAGGAUUAUGACAAGGCUGGCGGCAAAGGCAGCGUUGCAGGUAGGAAAUCUGGAAAAAAGAACAUUCCAAAUCGAAGGCCAACACCAUGGGAACUUGGUCGUUUGUCACAUCUUGUAGAAGGAUCGUCCUUUGAGCUGUUGUUUCAAUGGCUUGGCAUUUCCUAUGCUGAGAUCGAGACUGUCAAGAAAGAGUCGUUAGGUUUGGCAGGAGUCACAAUCAUCACAAAAAUGUUUCUAAUAUGGACCAACGCCUACCCGAAUCAGACGUUCCUUGAUAUCAAGAAGGCUAUGGGCAAUUCUGAUAUGGCAACUGACCGCAUCUUGGCAGUGAUAGAGGUGAACAAGGAGUCAUCUUGUCGGGGCAUGGUUCCAAAUGAAGCCUGGAUUAGACCUCCAUCUGAUGACGAAAUAGAAGAAAUCGUUUGCAACAUCGACAAAGGAUUUUACAAUCUGUGUCUGGAACUGGGCCUGUCGCCUCCAGUCAUAGAUCAACACGUUAUAUGCCAUUCUGACAACUUCCAGGAAAGGAUGACUGCUCUUCUUCAGUAUUGGAUAAAGACAUUCCAGAAACAGGCAACUAUAGGCAGGUUGUUGACAGCGAUGGAGGUGUGUCAGAUGGACUGGCACACAACAGCAGAAAUCUGGCCAGCACGUCAGAGGAAUGCCACUACCCAGCGCCGGAAACGUUCAGGAAUAUGUUCACUUAUAUAAAUAACCCACAUAUUGGUACAACAUUCACACGAACCAACACAAUAUGAGGUUCUUUAUUGUCUGAUAUACUCAGAUUUGGUUCCCUUCUUGAAUAGCAUCAUCAAUAUUGAUUUCAAUCAAAUCAUCAGCAUAAGUAGUGUGUAGUUACAGAAAUUAUGUAAAAUUAUUAACUCUUAAAUUCAUGUUAUUGAAAAACCUUUCUAAUUUCUACUAAUUUGAAAAUAAUGUUUUAUGUAAAUAUGACUAAAUAUUGUUUACAUUAAAUAAUACAAAGAGAUAGUUUAGUUAACGUCAUCAAAAGGCCAUAAUGCAACAUUAUGGAAUGUUUUUACAUAAGCAUGUUAAUACUUAACACAUUUAACUACGUUGCUUGUGUGAGCCUAAAAGGAAACUGUGUUUUACAUUUCCGCCAUAGAUACGUCCUUUGGUUACCGAGACAUACGGUGCACCAACAACGAAAAGGUAUAUAUUUGCAACCUUUUUUGUUUUUAUACCCUUUUACCCUCAGGCAAAGGGAUUGCAGCUGUUUUGUAUUGAAUUGUAUGCAAUGAAUUUCUUUGCAGGGUGAUAUACUGUAACCAACUUAUUUUCGCGUUUUCAUGUCAAAAGCCUUUUUGUGCGAUUUAAUGUCAUGCAUUUAGAUAUUUAGGAGGUGUAUCCGGUGUCGUCUGUCCGAUUUUUAAUAUUUAAGUUUUAAGUUUAAUUUUAGUAACGUCUGAUUGCAGAGUUGUAACACAUAAUUUUUCAUGGAAACGGCUUUUACACAAAAUAAGCAUGGCUUUGUUAAAGUAACGAUCAUCACCAUGGCACUAAUAAUUUUUUAAGAUUGGAAAAAGUCAACUGAAUGUGAAAAGAUACAUUCUUUGUUACCAAAUCCAGGUAACUGGAAACAUGAAAAGCAUGCUUCCUGUCUGAUUAGAGUUUCUUGACCUAAGGUAAUUUCUUUCCAUGUAUCAUAAAAAUCAUAACUAUGUUUUUCUAUAUUGAUUUUUAUCGUAAUAUUGAUAAAUCUGUCUCUUAUGUUUGAUUACUGAUUUAUAAUUUUUGGCUUUCCGAAUAAAUAACAGUUUAUUUA